AUGGCUUCAUCCAGCUCCUACAACUCACCUUGUGCUGCCUGCAAAUUCUUGAGGAGGAAAUGUAUGCCUGGUUGCAUCUUUGCCCCAUAUUUCCCACCAGAGGAACCACAAAAGUUUGCAAAUGUUCACAAAAUCUUUGGGGCUAGCAAUGUCAGUAAGCUCCUCAAUGAACUCCUCCCUCACCAAAGAGAGGACGCAGUGAACUCCCUUGCAUAUGAAGCCGAAGCCCGAGUGAAGGAUCCAGUUUAUGGCUGUGUUGGUGCAAUUUCUUUCCUCCAGAGACAAGUUGAGAGGCUGCAAAAGGAGCUUGAUGCUGCCAAUGCUGACUUGAUUCGCUACGCCUGCAAUGAUCAUAUUCAACCUGAAUUAUCAGGCCCCCAUGGAGCAAUGCAUCAAGUUCACCAGCCUAUGACCCCCCGCCAGAGGCCGGUUGAGUACAAUAAUACUAGGAGGAUGGGAAAUGAAGGUGGAGGAUUCUAUCAAACCCCUAAUUUUCAAUAUCCUUAUCAUCUGCCGUGGAAUGAUAAUGAUAUCCACAGAUAUGGUGGUGGCGGAGGAGGAGGAGGAGGAGGACAUAUAUAG